ACAAACUGAAGACAGAAACAACAACACACGUGUGCUCAGUUCAGAACCAGACCAGAGAGUACAGGAGCAUGAGCAUGAUGAAGUGCAAUGUUAGCACAGUAAUUGUGCAUUUGGACUUUUCUGAAGCGUGGAAAUGCAAGGAUAGUUCUGAGGUACAGUCAUGCCAUUUUGGUCAGAACCUCCCACAGCUCAACCCGCACACUGCCAUGUACUAUACAAAAUAUCCGAAGACAGGCUUUUGCACAGUAUCAGAAUCCAAGCUACAAGAUGCUGUACCUUUAACUCUAGGUUUCAAGAGAACAACCUGGAACCUCUUACUCACCUCACAUGGGAAGGGAACCCUUGACAGCAUUGGAGGAACUGUUAAAAGGACUGCAGACAACCUUAUACUGCGGGGGGAUGACAUUGUGAAUCUGAAUAUUUCCCAUGAGAUGGUUGGCAGCAUCUCCUGCAGCACUAAGCUCUAUAUAAUUACUGAAGCUAAUAUGCAGCCAUAUGAUGCUCUCCUUUCUCAACCACUAAAACCUGUACCUGCAACAAGGAAACUCCAUCAGGUCACACCGACAUACAGAAACAACUCUGAGAUCCAU